GUCCGCUGCCGGAGCCAGUAGUCCGCGGGGGCUGGCGCGGGAGUCGGUGACGUAGUUAAACCCGUUCCGCUGCGUUGUGACAUCACAGUGCCCCCAGCCCCACCUUUGAUUUUCUCCUACGUCUCCUCCCUACGUUUGGCUCUAGGGGCGGGGGCGUUGCGAUGAAGCGAGGGCAUGAAGUUAGGCCGGCCCUCAGUGGAGCAGGUGAGGCGGGACCAGGUGGGAUGGCAGAAUGCCCCCUGGGUCUAGCCUAUCCAGGCCGUCCCGGGCGGCUCCAACGCCAUCUCCUGAGCGGCGAGUUCGACCAGCUGCGGGACUUCACCAUCUUUGAGAGCAACUUCGUGCAGGUGACUCGGUUAGGAGAAGUUGCCAACAAGGUCACCAUGGGGGUGGCAGCCUCCAGUCCAGCCCUGGAACUCCCAGACCUGUUGCUGCUGGCAGGCCCUGGCAAGGAGAACGGACACCUGCAGCUCUUCGGGCUGUUCCCCUUGCAAUUUGUCCAGCUCUUCGUCCACGAUGAAAGCCGCUGCCAGCUCAAGGUCAAGUUCCGCACAGGCCGAGCCUUCUACUUGCAGCUGCGGGCCCAGCCGGAGACCCGUGACCGCGAAUUUGGCCAGUGGGUGCGGCUGCUCUACCGCCUGCGCUUCCACUCGGUCCAGGGACCCGUGCCCUUCACGCAGGAGUACUCGAUGCCAGAGGACCAGGACUACGAGGAUGAGGAUGAGGAAAAUGAAGCACAGCUGGAGUGCGAAGAGGUGCAGAGGGGGCUUCAAGCCUUGGAAGCCAGACUUGACCCACAGACCUCUGAACUCUGGGGACUCUGAUUCUUCCAACAUCCUUUGAGGUCAACAAAGGACUAGAGAUCAAAGUACUCUGCCUCAGGCCAGACAGAUGAGUUAUUAAAGUUAAUAAAGAUCAGGUCAUGAGCAGCUCCGCCAGCGCCACCGAUUCAACAUGGCUGCCUGACAGAAGUAGCUUUUCCAGUAUGGCACUUCCACCUGGUCUUUAGUUUCACCAUGUCUUGCUCCUUGGGCCACCAUUGCGACCUGGUGUCCACCAUGUGGACGUGGCUGCCUCAGUGGAGCAGCCUUCUCAAUCUGGCCUGUGGUUGUUGCCAUUGCAACCACCCUGCAUCCUCCCCAGCUCCCAGUAGCCAGCCUGGGAACUGCCUCCCCCUGGGCUCACUGGCCACUUUUGUAGUUGCCAUGGCAAUGUAGUUGCCCCACUAAAGUAGUUGUUCUGA